AUGGCGAGCUUGAGCCUCUCUGGCACCAACAACCUGCCCGCCCUUGACGCAAAGGCGCGCUCGAACCUCGCACAGAAGCUCUCCAAGAUACAUUCGUCUGUACUCACCCGAUCGGCCACUGUUCAAGAUAUCUACAACGUCAACGAGGCGGCCUUGUACAUUCCUCACAUGCCCAGACACCUCCAACUAGAGUUUCUCUUCCGCAACUACAACGAUAUCGCUCGUGGCAACUACCGCGCUCACUCGACCAAGCCUUUCAACGUCAACCGUGCUAUUUACCGCAUCGAUUUCGCUCGUUUCAACGUCGUCGUCAUGGUGUUCAUCACGAUAGCCGAGACGCUCGAUCAGAAUACGAGCGACCUCUACCAUCCAGCCGCGAACGCCUUCAUCAAGGCAUGUAUGAGAGCCUGGCUCUCUAAGACGUCUGGCAACGAUGAUCAGUCCGACCACGAAGCCCUCGUACACAUCUGGAUGAAUAGCGGUUUUGAUUUAUGUCACUUCCCAGAUAGGGCUAGGCGCGAUAUGAUGAAGGUGGUGUGGGAAUUGCAACGAAUGGUUUCGAAGUUGACGAUUGUACGACCAGAAGACUUCCUUGUGGAAGUGGAAGAAAAGCGGGUACCGCAUGACAUCCUCAAGAGGGAAGGUCCAAUGCUAGUGCUGCACUGGGCGUUUGUGUAUAUGAAGAAAGAGCAAGCACGCAAGGCGUUGAAUACACCAUCUGAACAAGAGGCGCCUAUGAGCCUCUUUGUCGAAACUUCUUCGGUCCGACUAGACCAGAGUCCCGCCAGCGAUCUUCUGGUCGACUUUGAGUGGGGCAUAUUGGAGCAGGUCUUACCGGAUGAAGGUCGGAAGCCUUGAAAUUGCAGUAGACAAGGCAUUGAGCAUCGUGCAGAGCGUCGAGGAGGAUUUUCUUGCGGGAUGGAUGGAAAAAGUCACUUUGGGAAGGGACUAGACGCCGACCAGGACCGCAUAUCUCAAGAACUAAAUUCCACAUCCUAAGUUGAAGUAUACGUUACUUUGCUACUUUUUGUUUACUAAUGCUAGAUCCAAACUUGAAGUAAACAUCGCUUUUUAUACCUUUUAGUCAUUGAG